AAAAAAGGAAGAAAAAAGGUAAAUGAGCUAUUUUAUGACCAUUAAUAUUAAUAAGAUAUUUUACAUUUUUUGUACUAUGUCUUUGAAACCCAUGUACACUACAUUUUACACAUAUAGCACCUCUCAAUGUAACCCAGUCACAUUUGAAGAGCUCAGUAGCCACAUGUGGCAGCCACAUUGGAUGAGUGCAAGGGUGAGCCUCUUAAGGGCAGAGCCGACCCUGAGUGGGGUGUCUUGGUCCUCAGAGCCCAGCUGUAUUUUGCAUUAACCGUCGCAUCGUGGUUAAAACCUGGGCUGGGAGCUCAGCUUUGCCAUUUAACAGCUGUGUUACGUUGGCCACUCCCACUGGGCCUCCGCUCCCUCAUCUAUAAAGCGGUGAUGAUAACAUUUUCAAUAUGGCCCAUAAUGUUAACAUGAAUUACGUAUUUUUACAGAUACAGUUUAUAGACCUAUACAGACACAAAACCCAAGGAGAAAAAUAGCUGGUCCGUGAGUGCACAGGAUGCGUGGAGGGACUCCUUUGCCCUGGCCUUUUGCCCUGAUUGAAUUUGGGGCCUGAGCCUGUGCUCCCCUCCCCCUCCCAGAGUCCUGUUCUGAGCAGAGUCAGACAGAUUAAUGCUGGUGGACCCAGGGACUGAAGGCUGUUGAGCUUGCUGGGGGUUAUACUGUGCCAAGGGAAUGACGGUCUGUAGACUGGCUGAGGAUCUCUUGUCCAUUUGGUCAGGGGACGGGGGCAGCAAGUACGUGGUAGGGUGGGCAUAGGGCCAGGCUGCAGCCUAGGACUCUGGGUGUGCUGGGCUCCCUGGUUCUCUGCCAGGCCAGGGCUGGGGCCCGAGUCUGCUUAGGCCUUGGGGACCUAUAGGGUCAAGCAAGCCUGAUUGCCACUCCUCUUUUCUCUCCUCACGCCUUUCAAAUCUCCUGGGAGGAAGUGGGCCUAGAACCGGACCACAAAGCACAAUAGGGAAGGGUAAGAAGCAGGGGGUUCUGGAGUGGGCAAGGGUGUGGCUGAUACGCGAACAAGGCCCACAGAUCAGAUAUUAAUGGUGGGAAGAGCUAACAUUUAUUGAGCACUUACUGAGUGCAGUGUGCUCAUCCCACUGAAUCUCACACUCUUCCCCUUCGGACAUCCCGUUACCAGCUCGGGGACAGGUAAGUGAGCUGGAGUUUAGAGGGUGACAGCACUCGCCCACAGCCCCACAGCUGGUAAGAGCCGGGGCUGAGCUUGCAGCCGGCUGUCUGGCUCCAGAGCCCACCUUCGUAACCAGACAUCCGUGUCCUCAUCAAGCUUCCUCCCAGGCCCAUCAUCUCGCCAGACCCUACUAAGGGCUCAGACUGAGGAGCAGUAGCCCAGGCCCAGAUACUUGCCGCAGACCUGUGUUUGUAUUCGCUGCAGAGGAGAGCAGCACAGCACCUGAGAGAUGCCAGGUGCUUUGCGGCUGUUACUUAGGGACUCCUCGCAGAAGCUGUGAGUUCACGUGGAUUAACUGUAAGACGAGGAAGCUGAGGUUCAGCGAGGUCAGAGCUGUUAAGUGGAGGACGGUGACUUGAACUAGGGUGGGUGGGACUCCACCAUCAGUGUACAGGAGCUACCACCCCUCACAACUGAUCACCCGCCCCAGAGAGGUUUUCUGAGUGAGAGGACUCCUGGGGCCAGCCCCGCCCAUGGGCUGUUGGGACAAUGGAACCAGCAUCUUCCUCAAUGGCUUGAAGCUAUCCUCUAGGUGCCCUCCCUGCUGCCCCAGGGGACCAUGCUGGGAGUCGUCUCCUGCAGGUGGUAGUGGUCCUGUGAGCACAGCAGGCCCUGCUGAGGGCAGCUGAGGGUCCAACACCAGGAAUGGGACUUGGGAGGUUCCAGAGGCGGCAGCAGCUCCAGUCACUGAUGCUUACUCUGCGCCCAGCUGCCUGGGUUUCCACCCAGACUCACCCUGUUGUGGGAGAAAGACACCAUUAUGUAUUUAUAACCCAACCCAAUUCAUGCCAAGGGGGCGGGGAGGACACAGUAAUGGAGAGCCUUGGGGCAUUUCAGAGUCUUCCCAGGGGACACGGUGCUGGAAUUGGUUCUUGGAGAGCUUGCUGAUUGCACAAGAGAGGGGAGGGCAUUCCAGGAAAAAGGAACAAGGCCUGGAGGCAGGAGCUACUAAAUAGAUGUGUAUUCUUGGGGCAGGUGGGUAGAGAGUUGGCAGACUGGCAAGGCCAAGAUCUGAGGAUCCUAGAACGGCCAGCUGAAGAGCGGAGAGGCACCUGCUGGUCGGGCCCACCAGGGCCUGUGGCAGCUGCAGGAGGACAGGCCUCCCAGCACUGCCUGUUGGAGAGCUCAGCAAAGCCCAGGCCAAGCCCUGCACAGCACAGUGCUUCCUGGGCCUUCUGUAGAGGAGGGUGCAGAUUCUUUUGGGCCAGGCCUGGUGAGGGCUGUGGGAGGUUUGGCAGACCUUCACUUCAGCCCCACCCCUCCCGAGGGCAGCCCUGACGGGGGGUUUGGGGGAUGAGGGUGGGAACAGCAGUCACCAGAUCAGAUGCGUGCUGAGGACAGGAUCCAGAGUGGGCUCUGCCUCGGGCCCCAAGGGCCCCAUGAGGACGUUUGUGGCCCUAGCCCUGUGCCUACUGUACCUGACAGGUGAAGUCAACCCUGGUUCCCAGGUGGGUCUGACUCAGCCCCUCCUGCAGGCACCAUGGCCCGGAGCAGGGCGCUGCUGCUCCUGCUGCUGUUGCCGCCACAGCUGCAGCUAGGACUGGUGCUCGCGGUGAGGGCCCCUGUGUUUGGCCGAAACGGCGCCCACAACCUGAGCCCUGAAGAGAACGAAUUUGUGGAGGAGGAGCCAGUGCUGGUCCUGAGGCCUGAGGAGCCGGGGCCUGGCCCAGCCACCAUCAACUGCCCCCGAGAUUGUGCCUGCUCCCAGGAGGGUGUUGUGGACUGUGGCGGCAUCGACCUGCGCGAGUUCCCAGGGGACCUGCCUGAGCAUAUCAACCACCUGUCCCUGCAGAACAACCAGCUGGAGAAGAUCUACCCGGAGGAGCUCUCCCGGCUGCAUCGCCUGGAGACUCUGAACCUUCAGAACAACCGCCUGACGUCCCGAGGGCUCCCCGAGGAGGCGUUUGAGCAUCUGACCGACCUCAAUUACCUGUACCUGGCCAAUAACAAGCUGACCUUGGCACCCCGAUUCCUGCCAAAUACCCUGAUCAGUGUGGACUUCGCUGCCAACUAUCUCACCAAGAUCUACGGGCUCACCUUUGGCCAGAAGCCAAACUUGAGGUCCGUGUACCUGCACAACAACAAGCUGGCAGAUGCCGGGCUACCAGACAACAUGUUCAACGGUUCCAGCAACGUGGAGAUCCUUAUUCUGUCCAGCAACUUCCUGCGCCAUGUGCCCAAGCACCUGCCGCCGGCCCUCUAUAAGCUGCACCUCAAGAACAACAAGCUGGAGAAGAUCCCACCAGGUGCCUUCAGUGAGCUGAGCAACCUGCGGGAGCUGUACCUGCAGAACAACUACCUUUCUGAUGAGGGCCUGGACAACGAGACCUUCUGGAAGCUCUCCAGCCUGGAGUACCUGGAUCUGUCCAGCAACAACCUGUCACGGGUCCCGGCUGGGCUGCCGCGCAGCCUGGUGCUGCUGCACCUGGAGAAGAACGCCAUCCGCAGCGUGGACGCGGACGUGCUGACCCCCAUCCGCAGCCUCGAGUACCUGCUGCUGCACAGCAACCAGCUGCGCGCGCACGGCAUCCACCCGCGGGCCUUCCAGGGCCUCAAGCGGCUGCACACCGUGCACCUGUACAACAACGCGCUGGAGCGCGUGCCCAGCGGCCUGCCCCGCCGCGUGCGCACCCUCAUGAUCCUGCACAACCAGAUCACGGGCAUCGGCCGCGACGACUUUGCCACCACCUACUUCCUGGAGGAGCUGAACCUCAGCUACAACCGCAUCACCAGCCCGCAGGUGCACCGCGACGCCUUCCGCAAGCUGCGCCUGCUGCGCUCGCUGGACAUGUCUGGGAACCGGCUGCACACGCUGCCGCCGGGGCUGCCCCGCAACGUGCAUGUGCUGAAGGUCAAGCGCAAUGAGCUGGCUGCCCUGGCACGCGGGGCGCUGGCCGGCAUGGCCCAGCUGCGUGAGCUCUACCUCACCGGCAACCGGCUGCGCAGCCGGGCUUUGGGCCCCAGUGCCUGGGCCGACCUUGCCCAUCUGCAGCUGCUGGACAUCGCUGGGAAUCAGCUCACAGAGAUCCCCGGGGGACUCCCUGAGUCCCUUGAGUACCUGUACCUGCAGAACAACAAGAUUAGCACCGUGCCUGCCAAUGCCUUCGACUCCACACCCAACCUCAAGGGGAUCUUUCUCAGGUUUAACAAGCUGGCUGUGGGCUCUGUGGUGGAAAGCGCCUUCCGGAGGCUGAAGCACCUGCAGGUCUUGGACAUAGAAGGCAACUUUGAGUUUGGUGACGUUUCCAAGGACCGGGACCGAUUGAAAGAGGAGGAGGACGAGGAGGAGGAGGACGAGGAGGAUGAGGAUGAGGAGGAAGAGGAAAGGCGAUAGUGACCAGGUGAAUGGGAUCUUACAUAGGACGAUGGACGUCGGACCCCUUUCUGCAGCACGUGCCUGUGCCCUGUGAGCCUCCACUCUGCCCCCCCCUCGACACAUCCAGCAUUACACCCCCAUGCCCCCCAACACAAGCUGAACACACAGUCUCCCGUCCCCACCCCUUCCUGCAGUUUGUGCCACAGCCAGACACUUGCAGAUACCAUGACCCAUCUACACACAGCCCGCUGCACGUUGCCCUCCAAACUCUACCCUCCCCACCCCCACCCCCCAUCACUCCCUCUGAAUCACAGAGGUUCAGGGAAGGGCCUGACCCCACCCUGGUGUGCAUGGGCGCACACUUCCUACUCCACACACACGCAUGCGCGCGCGCACACACACACACACACACACACACACAUAGUCACAUGCAAACGGCCCUCCUUGGCCUAUGCCACAACAGCUCUUGCCCCAGCCAGAAGUGGCCAGAACAUCUUGUCGCCUGCCUGUUCGUCAGUCUGUCCGUCCUCUGGAGAAGACACAGAGUUAUGUCCGAGCUCUCUGCGGCCAGGUGCCUACUACCCCGUGGAACUCACAAAAGCUGGCUUUUGUCCCUUCUCCCUCCCUCUGGGGAUGGGAACCUUCAGGACUGCUGCCCCGGCCCCACCCGCCCGGCCCCCAGCUGCUGGGGGAGUCACUCCCUGCCAUUCCCUGGCCAGCCACAGGCAUAUCUUGGAUGGGCAAGGCCAGAGGACAGUCCUCCUGGGCCUGCCACGGGCCAUGGGCAGGAGUGUGUGGAGGUCCUGGCGCUGGGCUGAGUGAGGAAGGGCCGGCCCCACCCAGGAGACACCACUUUUACUCUUCGGGCCCGCAGGGAGUGCUGGGUACCUUUUUUUUUUUUU